AUGUCAACGGACCCCGAGGAUCCAGCGCUACAGGAAUCACUAGAAGAAGUCUGGUAUCUGAAAGAAAUCAAUUUCCAACCGACCGCAGAUUCUCCGUCCAGGACAGUGAAAAUCGUUACCCAGAAUUUCAAUGGGCCGUGUUCGUUUAUUGCAAUAUGUAACAUCCUAAUUCUGCGCGGCCACAUCGAGAUUCAGCCUCCAGAGCGGACGACAGUGUCGUAUGACUUUCUAUCGCAACUCGUCGGCGAAUAUCUGUUGACCUCAAGUCCGGACGAUGAUACCUCGGCUGCGCUAUCUGUCAUGCCUGUCACCCGGAAGGGUAUGGAUUUGAAUCCGCUCUUCACCGGGCUCAUGUCGUUUCGGCCAGGGGGUUCUGGCGGAGAACUCAAACUCUUUGAGCAAGCUGGAAUACAACUCGUACAUGGCUGGCUCGCAGAUCCCGAUACCCAUGAAUUCCAAGUUCUAGCGAAGACAGAGGAUUAUGACACGUCGGUGAACCUGAUAGUCGAGGCGGACUUUCUUACAAAGGGGAAGUUGGUAGCCGGUAACAAUGCGCCAGCUUCCCCCGGGGCGGAUACCAGCGGAGUCUAUGAGCUGUUGACAGACGAGGAGCGGCACAGAGUGCAAGAUGCAAUCAUCAUUCGCGACUUUCUUGACAGGACACAGUCACAGCUCACGUAUCACGGCCUCUUUACCCUCGCAUCUGUGGUCCAACCGGGCACACUCGUAGCGCUCUUUCGCAACUCCCAUCUAUCUGUACUUUACAAACCUACCAGCGAGUCAGACGGUGGCCUAUACACACUUGUGACAGACCAGGUGUUUCUACACGAAUCCUCCGUAGUCUGGGAACGCCUCGAGGACGUAGACGGCGGGAUGUCAUCAUUCGUGGACUCGAACUUUGUGCGAUCGAGCCCUGCAGGGGGGGACUAUGCCGGACACACCGGCGAAAGUGCCCUUGCUGCGCUUGAAGCAGAGGCAGCUGCUUUGUCCCUGGGUGACAGUACCGAUCAAGAGCUUGCUAGACAGCUUCAAGCCGAGGAAGACGAACGUGCGCGUGAAAUAUAUGCGCAGAGGGAGAGGGCACGGGAACGGGAAUUGGCGUUACGUGCUCAGCGAGAAGAGGAAGCUAGGCGCGCACUGCACUCAGGACGUUCCGACCGGGACGAGUUGCGGAAGGCGAAGAAGAAGGGAGACUGCGUUAUCAUGUAG